AUGCAUGGUGACGCUCUGAAACCAGCUUGCACAGCUUGUGCACGCGCUGAACGGCCGUGUACCGAGACCAAGUAUAUUUUCCGGCAUGAUCACAACCCUGGCGUCCUACACCGGGAUCAGCGUCGAGCAGAUAAGAAUAUUCCGAACUUUGACUCUGAGCAAACGUGGCUGCCGGUCGAUACAAGUAGUAUUGAAUUUGUUGAAGAUCAAGAACUUUCCGAUACGUACAGCAACGUGGGUGACGAACUGCAACGUGAAGAAGAAGAAGGAAGUUCUGAAGAUGAGCACACAAGACUUUCCACCCCCCAACUGCAGUCUUGUGGGCCACUUCUAGAUACAGAAUGUGAGUCAGAAGGCACUGCAUAUGUCGGUCUGCCAGCAGAAAUCCACAGCAUAGAAGAUGGCGCUACGGAAAGCUUUCGCGGAUCCCCCACCCCAUCUCCUGCUGUUCACGACUCAGAGUCACCACUUCCGAACUUAGAUGUGCUCAAUCCAAGUCGAUAUAAUAUUCCACACCCUAUACCGGGCUUUUGUCUUCCAAAUAACAACUCGAGCGGCCACAAUGCCGGAAACGCCCUUUCUAGCUCAAUUGGGCAGCCCACCCAUAAUGAUCCAACAGACAUCAAAUCUGGUUCACAUUGCUUAUGGCCUUUGUCUGACGAUAGCGAAGUCAAGCUUAUGCGUUAUUUCGUGAACCAUCUUUCAAUCUGGUUUGACUAUUGCGAUCCUCAGAGACAUUUCCUCAACGAAGUUGUUCGUUCCGCUUCAACCAACUCCACGUUGUUGAACGCAAUUUUGGCAGUUUCAGCAAAACAUAUGAGCCUAAAUGGAGAGUUUGAUCGCUAUGCAUCUGACAAAUAUCAGCGAAAGUGUCUCCAGAAGCUCAUCCCAGCUCUCAAUGAUCACACCUUUUUGCUAGACGAAACUCUUCUUGCCGCAACAGUCAUUCUGCGACUCUUAGACGAAAUGACAGAACCUAUCGGAGCAACCCACAGUCAAGGACAUAUCCUUGGCACACAUAUUCUUGUGCGAGCACAUCAAGAACCUGCAUCAGAAUCAAGUUUGAAAUUGGCUGCUUUAGUAGCGGGUUUACGGCAAGAGAUCCUCAUCUCCUUCAUGACUAGGCGCCCUCUCCCACCACUUGCAGACUACUGCCAAAUUGAUCGAUCCAUGAACCCUGCAGAUGACCGGACGUGGGCUCUUCGUAUGAUUGCACAUUCCUCCGAUGUGCUCAACUUUUGCUACGAUGGAAAGCCACGCGGAUUAGAUAUUUGGUUAUCCUUGUGGCAAUAUGUUGAGGAUUGGAUUUCGCACAGGCCUGCGUCCUUUUCACCAAUCAAAUACAGUGCACCAGACAAAGCUGAGGGCCGUGUGUUCCCGGACGUUUGGUUCCUAAAUGACUGUCAUGUCGCAGGACACCAGUAUCUUGGAAUUUGCCGAAUUCUGCUCCUGGCACACGAUCCCCAAGUACCUUCCUUGGGCCUUGAUAGAAACAAAGUCGUACAACAGAUUGACGAGCAAAUAAAGGAUCAAGUGAGAUUGUUGUGUGGUAUCGCUGAAUCUAAUAGGAAGUUCCCUUCUGCGAUAUUCACAGCAGGCAUGGCUGUCGCGAUGUGUGGAGAGCGGUUUUUGGAUCCUACUGAACAACGUCAGUUAUUAAAGGUCCUAACAGAUACUGAAGCCCAUCUUGCUUGGCCAACGUUGAAGUUUCAAGAUAUGUUCAAAAGGCACUGGAAUAUAUCAUGA